UCUGAGCCACGUGUGCGUCCAUCCUCUUCUCUUCGCCGCUUUGUGGAUGUGAUGAAACGUUGGCUUCCUCUGCCGCCCGGUCCCUUCUGUCUUGGCCCAGGUUUUGCUGACAUGAGAUGAUACGCAAUCCUAGAGGAAGGAAACAGACAGUUGUGCUACAGUCCGUCAGUCUCUGGUGGGUUUACAGCUCAAUAACUAGUGUCAAGUCAUCUAUGAAGCAGGCAGUCAGCUGUUCAGUAACAAACUGUGGUUGUUUUCCAUGGUAUGAAUCCCUUUAGAAUGACUAUGAAGCAGAACAGAAAAAACUUCCACUAAGUACAUCAAAGUGAUACACAUGAUCUCAUGGCUAUGUCAUGGCUCUGCUCUGAGAUGAUGUUAAAGCGGGGGUUCAGGCUCAGGAACAUGCUCUACCUCCACAACACAGGGCAGCCUUGAACUCAGCACCAUCACCCUCUCUAUCCUCAGCCAUGACUGUCACUGUAAGCUGAUACUAUGUGAUCAACAGCACCGUGGCACCUAACAUCCUGCUGCUUCACCACCUCAAUAAAACCUAGCUGCACUUUUCAGUCCGAGUUGUGAAAAUGUCGGAAGAGGGUUUCCAGCUCAGAACUCUAAACAGCGCUGAGGACACUGAGCUCCAGCCAGCUGACUUCACAACGUCAUCACUAGCAUCCCUCCAUCUCAGGGACGAGGCUAUGGUCAUCAACCAUAUGGGGGAUAAUCCUGAGCCUCAUUCUGCACUUUCUGUGAUGAUGUCAUCAACGCUUAACCAAUCACAACAGCAGACAGACAUAUCCAUGGCUACCGGGUCUGAGCCUUCACCAGCAGUUCAGGAGUUCUUGGAGCCUGAGAUGGGCCAAAACGACAGCGAGCCUCAGUCUCGCACGAUGACAGCGUUCCUGCAGGACCUUUCCUCCCCUGAUCAGGAUGGUGUGUUGACUGACCGGAAAACCAACGCUGUAAAGGAAGGAGAACCUCCACCCAAGAACAACAUAACCAAAGCGAUGGCCGCGUGUGACUGCUGCUCUGAUAACAGCCAUCUGUCCGAGGCAGAGUGGUACUGGGGAAAUACCUCAAGAGAGGAAGUAAAUGAGAUGAUGAGAAACACUCCUGACGGCACGUUCCUGGUCCGAGACGCUUCUAGUAAGGUUGAGGGGGAAUACACUCUCACAUUAAGGAAAGGUGGCACCAACAGACUGAUAAAGAUCUACCAUCAUGGGGGGAAGUAUGGCUUUUCUGAGCCACUGGCUUUUCACUCUGUGGUGGACCUGGUCCAGUAUUACCAGAACAAGUCACUGGCCCAGCACAACUCUAAACUAGACACACGGCUCCUCUAUCCCAUAACAAGAUAUCAGCAGCAGCAGGUUGUGAUGGAGGUUGACAUUGAUGCAGUUGGAGAACAGCUGAGGAUAUUUCAGGGUCAAUACAAAGAGAAGAGCAAAGAGUAUGACUGUCUGUUUGAGACGUUUAACCAAACCUCACAGGAGCUGCAGAGCAAGCAGACAGCCAUAGAGGCUUUCAAUGAAAUUAUACGGAUCUUUGAAGAGGAGUGUGAAACGCAAGAACGCUACAGCAAAGAAUACAUCGACAUGUUCCUCUCAGUAGACAGCAGGACAGAGUCAGACAAAAUUCAAAGCAAUUCAGAUGAACUACAGUCAAGGGUGGAGGAGAUCCACAACAGCAAGAAGAAGUUGGAGGAGGAGCUGAGGAAUAAAGCGCUGGCUCACAUGGAGGUUGAUAAGAAAAUGAACUGUCUGAAGCCUGACCUGGUGCAGCUCAGGAAGAUCAGAGAUCAAUACCUGCUCUGGCUUACCCAACAAGGCACAAGACAAAGCCAGAUAGAUGAUUGGCUUGGUAUCAGGAAUGAAGAAGACCCAUACACUCUGGCAGAUGAUAGCGACCAGGACGAGAGGAGCUGGUACGUUGGCGGUAUGAAACGUAAGGAUGCAGAGGAGCUGCUGAGGGGCAGGAGAGACGGGACCUUCCUCAUCAGAGACAGCCAGACUCAAAAAGGGUCCUUUGCCUGCUCUGUUGUUUUGGAUGGGGAUGUGAAGCACUGUGUGAUCUACAGGACAUCCACUGGGUAUGGCUUCGCUGAGCCCUACAACCUGUACCCAUCCCUGAGAGAGUUGGUCCUCCACUAUCGACACACAUCGCUGAUCCAACACAACCAGCAGCUGAAUGUAACCCUGGCCUGGCCCGCUCUCAGCCAACAGCCCAGCUGAGACACACCAGCAUGCCACCCUGAUGGCACUUUCCCAAAGCUUCACUGUAUUUGCAAAACGAACGCACCACCAUGGACAAUGUUACAAGGCUCUCACGGAGUACCGGUUAGUGUCACCAUUCUGUACAAGAAUUUUCAGAACUAUUUCAGUGCUCAUAUAACUGUAAUAUCAGGGUCACACGAUACUACAACUAGCUUUCAGAAUACUGAACUGCUUCUUAGAAGUAGAACAAACACAACAGAAAGUCACAAUGUGGCUUGCUGUCCUCCACAGUGCAUAUCUUCAAUCCAUAUGAAUCAGUGCAGUUGCAGUGUUAAGGUCCUUCUGGGAAACUGAGAUCAGGAUGGGACUCUACACUACCAAGCACAUGAGCAUUAUGGGUAGUGUAGGAACUAAGGAGACACACUUGCACUUUAUCCUCAAGAAAACAACCUGAAUACACAUAAGCACAAAGAUGAGAGCUGUACAUUUGUGAGACACUGUGUUCACAUAUUGAAGUUGCUGGUUAGGACGUUUUUAUUUCAGAGAAUAUACAUUUUAUUUUCUUACUGUCAUCUUAAUUCUGCACAUUUCCACAAUGUCUUCACUACAAGUGAGACAAAAUAGGAAUUCAUAAAUUCUACCUCUGGGGUUUAUUUAUGGUUUAUGACCCCUAUGUGUGGAAUAUUGUUGUCAUUAUAGCAAUCAAAUUAUUGGCAGAUUUUAUCGAAAAAUGGGACAAUCACGCAAAACGUUUGCAUAAUUUGUGUUGCUUUAAGAUCUUUAUCACGUUAAAGUGUUAAUAAUAUAUGAGCGGGUAAUAACUGUGAAGGGGCAGGCAUGAGACCCAGGCAAAUACUGUACUAAAAGCAUUUCUGUGUGGUGUGUACAUGUACAUUUUAGAAAAUCCUCCCAAUAUAACUACAGUUACUUAGGUAUAUGGGAGAUAUGAGUCUUUAUUUUCCAGGAGCAUUGAUAAGUCUCUGGGGUCUGAUGUUGAUUGAUUAUAUAUUUUAGACUUGGGUUCUGGUUAAAAAGUGCCCUUAAGUGUUCCGGUUCCAGCCAUCAUCAUUUCCUUUGUCUUAGUCUCAGGAGAGAUGUCUGAUUAACUCGACACUGAGGUUGUUGUAGCUGGAUAAAAGGCUAAUAGCACAAAUACCCUGAAGUAUCCUAAAGGAGAUUAUUAUUACUAUUGCAGUUUAAACAGGAUCAUAAUUAAAUCGUUAUAUUUAACUAUUUGUUAUGUUAGAGUCACACUUUGCAUGUCCUGUAUAGUACCUUGUUUUACCAAGGUACUAAACAGUAUGCAUUACUAAUUAUAUUAUGGACAUUACAGCUGGGUACUGUUUUGAUACCAAUUGUGGCACUAUACUAUAGGUUCACCACCAGCUAUGAAACAUGUUUUGUUACCUUUAUUUGAUUGGUUAGCCACAUUCUAUGUUUUUUCUGCUUUGUCUCCAUCUUUGGUGCUAAGCAAUCAUUUCUCUUGUUUUUCUUUAAAUGCACCUCCACAAUAUCACCUGUCAGUCAUACAUUAUUGGUAAAACUGUGAGGCUUUGGAGUGGAAAAGCUUCCAUGUUGGUCGUGGUGGUCCGUUGCGUUAGUGACCUAAUGAAUCUGCGUUAUAUUGUUGCACAUAAGUGAAAUGUCAUUGCACAGGUUGUGGACAGAGCGGGGCCACAACCACUAGAUGGUGGUACAGGCAGGACUUUACUGUAAACCUGUGUGUAGCUACUUUAAAACAAAGAAGCACAAUUUUAAAUGUGGUCUGCUGUUUAUGCUGUUUUGUAAUACUUAGUGCUUAUGAACAAAAGUACUACAUUCUUGUGUAGAAAUUAACACUAUGUAACAGUGGUGUAGUCUAAAAGAAAAUACUGCAAAGUGAAUGGGUAUAUGACUUGUAUUACAGUAAACAUGGAGAAAUGCACCUAGAUGACUAUUAUUAGGAAAGGCAUGUAGGUUGCACGUCUGGCAUGUGAAACCUAAUUGUAAUAAUCUGUCACUUUCCAUUUGUGAUAUCUAUCUUUAUUUGUUUUCUUUUUGCACACUGAAUAGAUCAAGUGUCCAAUUAAGUCCAUACCUUGAAAUAUGUACUUCUUUUAUGACUGUGAAUUCUAAGAAAAAAAAAUAUAGCUAUCCUGGGAAAAUUGUCUAGCAGGAAUACAGACAAAAGCAAGGCCGGAUUAGUACCUCCAGGGGCCCCAGGGCACUGAGCACUCAUGGGCCCCCCCCCAACCC